CUCCCACUGCUUCCAGCACAAGCACAGCUCUCUUGACACCUUGCAGAAACUUAGGAGCACCUGGCUGGCUCUCAAGGAACUGACUAUCUUGUUGGAAGAUGAUGUUUACUCCUGCUUAAAGCUGCUAUUCUUAAAACAAACAGUAGAAGAAUGUGGAAGAACUCAAGCCUCCGCUGCCUUUUAGCACUAGCUAUUUUAUGCUUAAGAAGCUUAAUGUAUAGCCAAGAGAUAGGCUCUCUAGGGGACCCCCAGAAUUUGAAAUGUGUAACGCACAAUUUACACAAAAUGCUCUGUACUUGGGAUGUUUCUUCUAGAGGAAGACAUGGACAAACUGACUUUUGCUACACUACCAAUGACCUUACACCUCAAGUGUGUUUUAAAACUAAGGAGAGGAGGGUUGAGAUUCCAAUCCCAGAGAGCUCCAUCACAGUGACAAUCAAAAGUUCUGGAACUGCUUCUGUUACCAAAGAGUUUGUGAUUCACCAGAAAGACAUCUCCUUUGUUCCCAUCACUCCGCACAUUCUUAGUUUAAUGCCUGACUUUCCAACUUCCACAUUAAAUCUGAAGUGGAGUGAUAAUGGAUCAGUCUUCCCAUAUGGAUUGGAUGCCCUUUGGCAGAUUCAGAUACUCCGGAAAAAACCAAUGGAAGUAGUCACAAAAGUUACUUACUACUCAAAACUGACUCAUGAAGAUGUCAUUCUUUCUUGGAACUGGACGUCAGAUAUGCCUCUGGAGUGUACAUCACACUAUGUGAAGAUUCGCUGUUACAUUAAUGCUACACAGUUUGUUGGCCCCAAGGACUGGAGUGACUGGAGCCCAGCAGAAGUGAUCCCUGGAAAAGAUACUGAACCCGGUGAGAGUGGAGUGUUUCCUCUGGACCCUGUGGUGGCCGUAGGUUCUAAUUUGACCUUUUGUUGUGUCCAUGAAGAAGAUCAACGCAUAACAAAUAUGACUUAUGGAUCAAAAUCCUACACAAUGAUGCAACUGAGCAGUCGAAGCCAUGCCAUCAGAGUGCUAAAUGCCAGUGUUUCAAAUAGCAGUGGGACAAAUGUAGUGUGCAGACUCGAAAAUGGGUUGGAAGGAAGUGUCGUGUUUGUAGGAUAUGCUCCUGAUACUCCCCAAAACCUCAGCUGUGAAACAUCCAACUUUCUGAUAAUAAAAUGCACCUGGAAACCAGGCAGGCCCAGUGGACUAUAUGGAGAACGAAGAACAAAGUACAGUUUAUUUGAAAGAACAUCUGGUAAAAAUGUUUCGUGUGAAGUCAGUGAAGUGAACAAAGAUCAUGUCUGUGACUUUCCAGUACUGCCUGCUCAAAAGACCUAUGAUUUCAUAUUAGGUGUCUCCAACCCUAUCGGGCAAGCAAAGUCAUCUCUUUUGGUAAAUAUAACUCAAAGAGUUCAUCCAAAAACUCCAGAAAAGUUAACUGUUACUGGGAACAACUCUACAAGCAUCCAACUGCGUUGGUUUAUAAAUGGCAGCUUUGCUGAGACCAGACUUCUAUGUCAAAUUGAAAUUAGCAGUAGUCAUUCUGAGAGAAAACUGCACAAUGUCUCCAUGCCUGGUCGGAAAUCUUCAACUUACACAGCUCAGCUGAAUGAAUUGCACCCUGACACCAAGUACCAGUUCAGGGUGCGCUGCUCGGCCGCUGACCACUUCUGGAGGUGGAGUGACUGGAGCAGGGGAGUGGAGCAGACAACAUCAGAAGCCCCUCCUGCAAGAGGACCAGAGAUCUGGAGAGAAAGAAGUCCUUCUGGUGAAAGCCUAAUAGUCUUCUGGAAGCCCUUAUCCCUUUCUGAAAGCAAUGGAAAAAUAGUGUCUCAUGAGGUGUCCUGCUACCUGCAAGAUACACUACUGGAGCAUAAAGUAAUCUCUGAACCCUCAAACAGUACUGAGAUAAAACUUGGAAAAAGUGAUUGUGUGAUUAGCGUUGUAGCCAGAAACCAGGCGGGCUCAUCUCCUCCUUCAAGGAUAACAAGCGUGGAACUUCCAAGUGACAAUGUCACAACAGAUCAGGCCGUGGCAAUGGGGAAUGGAAUUAAUAUUUCUUGGGAUUCUUACCCCAACAUGACAUGUGGCUACAUAGUAAAAUGGUGUCAUUCAUCUGGGUCUGAACCCUGUACUGUGGACUGGCAGAAAUUUCCUUCAAAUACAACAAAUGUAGUGAUAAAAUCUGCUCUUUUCAAACCUGGCGUGAGAUACAACUUUUCUCUGUAUGGCUGCAAAUCCAUGGGAUAUCAGUUGUUGAAAAAUGUAACUGGGUAUAUGAAAGAGCUGCCUCCAAAAACUGCACCGAAUUUUAUUGUUGAAGAAACUUCUUCAGAUUCUAUACUGGUAAAAUGGGAAGACAUUCCUAUUGAAGAAUGCCGAGGGUUUUUAAAAGGAUAUCUUCUUUCCUUUGCAAAAGGUGAAAAAGAUGCUUUAAAGCCUAGACUUUCAGAAUCAGGGAAUCCAGAACUUAAAGUUAACAAUAUCACUGACUUAACAAAGAAAACAAUGAAAAUACUUGAUCUUCAAGGCAAAACAAGUUACCAGCUGGAACUACAAGCCUACACUGCUGGUGGGUUGAGCCCUCCAAACAGCCUCUAUGUGGUGACAAAGGAGGACUCUGUAGGAUUAAUCAUUGCAAUUCUCAUCCCUGUGGCAGUGGUGGUGCUGCUUGGAGUGUUGGCCAGCAUCUUCUGCUACCGAAAGAGGGAAUGGAUUAAAGAAACAUUUUAUCCAGAAAUCCCGAAUCCUGAGAACAGUAAGGCACUGCAGUUUCAGAGGAACAUCUGUGAGGGGAAUAAGACACUUAAAACACUGGAAAUGAACCCAUGCACCCCCAACAGUGUUGAAGUGGUGGAAACACAGUCUACAGCUCCAAAGAUUGAAGACACAGAGAUGAUGUCCCCAGCAGCAGAGACGACUGUGCCUGAGGAUGGCUCUGAAUCAGAAAUGGAGAACCACAUUGUUGUGUCCUACUGCCCCCCUAUCAUUGAAGAGGAGAUCUCAAAUCCCCCUACAGAUGAGCCUGGGGGGUCAUCUCAGGUGGUUUACAUUGACAUCCAGUCAAUGUAUCAGCCUCAAAUUAAACCAGAGGAGGAGCCAGAAAUAGACUUAGUGACUACAGCAGGCUAUAAGCCACAAAUGCAGCUGUCUAUCAGUGCUCUGAAAGUAGAGGGUCAUUCACCUGUGGAGGAAGAAUUGGAUAAAACUGCAGGUUACAGACCUCAAGUAAACACAAAUGCCUGGAACAUGGGCACUCCAGACUCUCCUGGAUCUGUUGAAAGCAACAAUGAAAAUGCAUCUUUUGGGAGCCCAUGUUCAAUUAAUUCCCGACAGUUUCUGCUUCCCCCAAAAGAUGAAGACUCUCCUAAACCCAUUAACACAGGGUGGUCCUUCACACAUUUUUUUCAGAACAAACCAAAUGAUUAACAGUGAGUCCUCAUUGCACGUGAACCUGCCUUCUGAAUAAGCUUUUAUUCCUGAUGUUGUAAAGAAAGGAAGAAGUGCAAAAGGCAUGAAUUAUUCUUGGAGACAGUCAGCAGAAGUUCUAGUGAGCUGAAUGUUACCAUGUUUAAGUUAGUCAAAGUGUUAAUAUUCCAUUGUAAUAGAGGCUGAGAGGCCAAAAUUAUAGCAAUUUAGUUAUUACUCUAGUAAAAUAUAUUGGAUGUAAGGGGUUUUGAAUUUGCAACCCCUGAUAAUUGUAGUCAAAGAACUCUGCCUACCUUCACAUAGUGCUCCAAGAUUAACGUGAUCUCAUGCAAUUUUUAACUUGGAAAGAUUGCUUUGCUUUGUUGUAGUUGUUCUCAACCGUGCAGACUCAAAUGAUGCAGCGCCAACAGAUUUCCUUACUCAAGGUUUAAUUUAUAGCAAAUCUCAGCCUAAGACACGGAAACAAUGUGGUGGGAAACUGUUGAGAUCUUUUACCUAGUUAUAAACAAAGAACAAAUGAGAGUGCUGGGUUUUUUUUCUACUCCUGUAUGGAAGGUUAUUAUCACUGUUUAACACUUAUAAAGCAAUGGCCAUUCAAAUCUGUUGCUUUUUAACUAGACACUAAUUUCUGUACCUACUGUACAAUGUUUAUUAAAUGUUUGACUCAGGGGUACAAACUUGGGGAAAAGAAGUGUAACACUGAUUGAAACCUCAACAAGAACUGCAUAAAGUUUAAAACUUCAUUUUUUAAAAAAAAAAAACUUAGAAUGCUCUAUAUUUUUUCUAUCUUUUGGUUAAAGAGUUAAUCUUUCCUAAUGUAUUGCACUAAUACAUUUUGUAUUUCAUAGCUUCUGCUCCAGAUCUCCUGCUUUGAAGUGGUACAGUAGUCCAUUCACCCUCAGUGUUCAGCAGUCUUUGCACUAUGCAGUAAUGUAAGCCAUGGGGAAAUCUCUGUCUACUCACCUUAGCUGCUGAAGCAGUUUGGCACAUGAAAUUAGAGGUAGUAGGACUAGUUCCUUGAGAAGAUAUUACUCUUUGGAUGAUCUUUAUUGUAUUAGCUUUGUAUUACCAGCUGCCUGGCUGAUCUUUGGUGUCUACCCAACAGGACCUUCUAUACAAAUCCUACCUGGGAGUACCAGGUAGGAUUUCUCUCGUGGCAGGGAGAAACCCAGGGAGGUUUUAGUGCCGCUAAUUCUACCUCUCCUUUACCAGAUAUGUGAUGCAAAGAAAGCUUAAAUGAUGUACAUUUGUGUGCUUAAAGGAGUGUUUAGAACAAUCAUCUUUUAAAAUACUUGUUUUCUCAUGUGCAUCUCUGGACAACUGUAAUAUUUCACUGUGUAUAUUUCAGGUUGUGACAUACAUGAAUUUCACUAGCUCACAGGAGAAACUUUCAAGAAACUUACCUGUUUCUUGCUGUAAAACAGUGGAGAGGCAUCAGGUGUUAAAACAGCUUGGUCAAAAAGGGUCUCCAUAAAGUCCUAACCAAUUUUUUUUAAAUCUUCAUUUCCUUAUAUACUUUGUGUUUUGUUUGGGGUUUGGUUUUGCUGUUUUUAUUCUUUUUUUUUUUUUUUAUAACUAAGACAUGGGAAUGGUUUUCUAAACAAAACAGAUAAGGAGACUUGGCUAGGCUGCUGGUUGUAAAGGUGUGAAAGUAGACCAAGAGGAUAACUUAUCUUAACGGAUAUUUGGUCUCCAAACUGCAUGAUCUGGCCAUGAAAAUAAAACCAAGCAUAAGGUUAAACCUAAUCACAGCAAUGGGUGGUUCAGUUCAGAGGCUGGCAUGUCUCUGCCACCUUCAUGGAAUGAAAAGUGUAGAGGUAUUUCAAAACUGAUAAAAAGGCAAAGCACUAGAUAGUUAGCACAAUAGGUAACAACUUCCUGUGUGUGCCUCCUGGAAGAGUGAACUGUGAAGAAGUGAAAAACAGAUUAGUCUGCAGGCCUGGCAGAAUGCAAGGUGUCUCUGAAAGAACAGAAAGUGCACAUAGAAUUAAUCUGUUAAGUCUUUGAAUUAUCAGGGCUGUGUGUGAAAAGACAGGCAGUGCAAAGAGCUGACAUCCAUUUGUGACCAGCACAAGGGAAGUGUCAUAGCCUAUAGAACAUUAAACUAACACAUGAAAGGAAGCAGUUAAGGCCUUUGUGAUUGAUAGCUGGGAGGAGGCUAAAUCCUAAUAGUAACAACUGUUUUUCAUAAUAAUUCUUGGAGUAUUUCUUUUCACUAGUGUAGAUUUGGCUUAAUGUGUCCAUCUCCUAAGUGAAUUUUAGCUUGUGCUAUUUGCUUUUAAUUGGAAGCAGAUGAUGUCAUUUACAGUGUGUAUGGGUAGUGGUUUGGGGUUUUUUUACAAAGCAGUUUUUCAGUGCAGAUGAGCAAUCAGUAUUGUAUGGUGAUCGAAAGGAAAAAAAGAAACCACUUCUCUAGCAGAAGAGCUGAUCGUAAAGAAUAACAACUGUUGAAUAGCUUUUCAUAUGGCUGUGUACUACAAGAAACAAAAUCAAACUGCAGUUUGAGGGUACUAGCAAUUUCUGAUUUGGAGACAGAAUUUAAUUUGAUUUGGAAAUCAGGGCAGCUGCAGAGAACACAGAGCUCACAGGAAGCAGUUAGGACCAUUCCCAGUGUUCACAUGGUGAAUCACUUACACUUAAGCAUCACAUACUCAGGUUUCCCAGUGUGCUGCUCUUCCUAUUCAGUAAAGACAACAACAUUUUAAAUUGCUUCAUUUCUUAGUGAUUAUGUAAGGAAAAGCUCCACAAAUACAUGUUCUGCCUCAAUGUUGAUGUUAUAAACUCUCUCUUAUCUAAUUAUUAAUCUCUCUUUUAUUCCCUUUUUUUUUUUAAGUUCUUGACUAUAUACCUGGUGUUCUGACUUUCAGGAUGCAAGUCAGAGAGUUCCUGUUCACAGCAAUUGCUUCAGUAACAGAAGAAUGGGGCAGAUGUGGGAGAGACACAGGCUUGUGCAGUAUCUGUAGCAUCAUGGUUGCUUACUGAUGAUGAGCCAGUAAGCAGUUGUCACUCCAGCAGUUGAAAGUUCAGCUGCUUCACCUCUGUGGUUUCCUUUCAGCCUAUCUAGUGCUGCCUUUCAAAUGCCUGUCUUGGACUUUCAGCAGUAAAUUCAGAUGCUAAGGGAGAGGUGGUGUGCUAAUGUUGUGAUCAGCCACCCCUAGGUGCAUGGAGCAGUAGGGGUGGAUGACAGGGACAGUCGGGGAACAGUCUUGCUUUCUGAGCCCAAGUGCCAUGUUAAACCAGUGAAGCAUCUUUAUGAAUGUCUUUGAACCAAACACUCUUCCAAAGCAUGGUGCUCUUUCAUAGCCUCUAAAUGCUUUGAUAACAAUUGUAAGCUUCAGAGGGGAUCAGAUUCUUUGUACUAGUGCCUUCUAGUUACCUGAUGAACUUCUUUGGACAACUUUUUUUCUGAAAAAUAUCUUAGGAAUCCUAAAGUUUAAACUGCAUUUCCUUAUCGUCAUUUUGUGAAAGAUCUUAUCCUUCAUUGGACAUUUAUUUUUAGUUCUUUUGGCUUUUUACUUCAUUUUUUAGGAGAGUAGAAAGUGCAGCUUUAAAAAAAAUUAAAAAAGAACCAAACAAAAAACCAAAACCCAACAGCUUCCAGAAGGGAUAUGACCAGAAGGGAUUGGGUCCAAGUCACUCUCAUGCCUGACUCAAUGCUUCAGGCCUCCAGGAUCAGUGUUCAGAGAUGUAGGGUAUUAAUGCCAAGCAGUUGCUUUCUGAAGAAAGUCAUCAGUUCUGCUGCUUCUUAUUUUUGAGCCAUGCCUGUCAUAUGUGACAAUUUAAGUUUUGCAAUGGGUUUUUGUACUGUUCACUGUAUGUGUGGAACAUCAGUCACAUUUGAUGUAUCAUUGUGCACUCUCCUAUUAUUUUUGUUUUUCUGACGUGCACGAAAUCUAGGAUCUCAGGCUUGUGUGUUAGAUUUUGGGAUGGUAGAUCUGCAUGUGAUAUACCUCACAGAACUGCUAGUUAAUAUAUCAACAAAAUAGUAAGGUAGUAUUACAGGCAGGCAGUGAAUUACCUGCCCUGCUAUGCAGUGGCUGUAUAGGCAGACCUA